GGGCCACGCAAGUCCUCAUACAGCUGUUACCCGCUUCACCAAAUCCAUAUUUGUAUCAGUCAAAACUUGAAAACAAGUAAAUAUACACAUUGAUUGGUCCACGUGUACAGAACUUUCAACUUCUGUAGUAAAAUCUAGCCGUUUGCCGUAAGCUCUCUCCUUUUCCCCACUUUCUGUUUCCGCCAUUGCAUUCCAAAAAGGAAAAGCAAGAAAAGAAAAAAUAGAAAGAGAAGGAUUUCUCUAAAGAACUUUCUGGAAAUGGGGAAACUCAUCUGCGACUCAACAACGUCGUCGCCGGUAGUUACAUGGAGGGAUCCUACCUCAACUCCGUCAUCCCUAGAUUCCAUCGAUCUCGUUGACCACUCAUCUCCGGUGGCGGCCACCACAGGUGCCGUCGUCGCCGUUGACGCCUAUUCAUGGGAAAAUGUUUCAGCUUUAGAGGAGCAGCAGAGAAAGCAUUUGAUAAAGAUUCAGUCCAAGGGAGUGCUGUGGAAAAAUCCCCGGGAUCAGAGCGUUUCUAUGGUUUUCCGUCUGAGCUACGGCGGAGAAGUCGAGGCAGACGGAAACUGUCUUUUUACUGCUUGUGCCAAAUCAAUGGGGCUGGCGACGGUGUCGUAUGCCAGAGAUCUGAGACGGCGGACAGUGCGGAGGUUCUUGGAAGAUCUUGGAUCGGCGAGCAACGAGGAUAAAGAAGUGAUUGGAUCUGCGAUUAAGCACAUGUAUUCUCCCGAUCUGAAAUCUGGGUGGGGCAUUCAUGUGGUUCAAGAGUUGAAGCUGUUAGCUAACAAGGAUGAUCGACAGGUUCUGGACUCGGCUAUUACCGAGCUUGUUCAGCUAGGGAUGGAGCGAGAAUUGGCUGCUGAGUCUAUAUACAAAGAGAGGUGCAUAGCUGUGGAUGAUGGCCCAAGUUGGGCCAAGUACAUGUCAAUCUCUGGUUCACCUGAUGAUGAAUAUGAUAUCAUCACUUUGCAGUAUACUGAGGAAGGUUUAUUAACUGUAGAUGAGAAUAGUAAUGGUCAUGCGGCUGCAUUUGGAGACGAUAUAGCAAUUGAGUGUCUUGCAACCGAGUUUAAAAGAGAGAUCUUUGUGGUGCAAGCACAUGGAUCUGAUGCAAUGGUUGAUGAAGAAAACUGUGUCUUCUUUCUCCCGCAUCGUCCAAGAUGUGAAAUAUGUGAACCUCCUUUCUUCCUUUUCAUGAAGGGAACAGGUUGGUGUGGUGCUGGGGCUGACCAUUAUGAGCCUUUGAUUGCUUCUCCUUCCGGUUAUGUUUCCCAGGAAAAGGUAGCAUUGGUACUGUAGGUCAUUAGUUGGGGUAUUCUUGUGCUUAGAGAGGUAGUACUAGUUAUUCAAAGAGAAUUGUUUCUCUCCCCAGGAUAUUUUCUUUUCAAUUGGAAAGAUGUUCCCAAUUCUUUUUUAGGUUAAAGGAGGAAGAUGUCCAAUUGGGACUUCAAACUUUUGUUGAGGUUAUGUAGGAUUGGUCUAUUUUGAAGUCCAUCAGGCAGCUGCUUUUAGUUUGGUUAUAUUUAGUGGUGUUGCGGCUCUUUUUGUUGUGCUUUUUUUUGAGGCUAGUUGUAGUUUGCUGCUGGGGGUACUAUUCGUUUGAGAGCUGGAAUAGUACAUUUAUAUUGCUGUAAUUCAUGCUGAAUUCCAAUCUUGAGAAGGAAAUGGCUUCUCUCUAUCCAUUGCAAAUGCAGUUCCUGUUUUUCUUUUUUC